AUGAAGCUGCCACAGUUAUUAGGCCAGCUGUGCCUCUCUUUCACACUGGCUGCCGCUGUGGACUUGACUGGUUAUGAAUACAUUGUAGUCGGGUCCGGGGCCGGUGGUGGUCCGCUGGCCGCACGCCUCGCCAUGGCUGGCAAGAAGACACUGCUGCUAGAAGCAGGUGACGACCAAGGCGCAAGCCUUAACUACACCGUCCCGGCAUAUCACGCCCGCUCGAGCGAGGAUGACUCCAUGAGCUGGGACUUUUUCGUGCGCAACUAUGCCGACGAAGCACAGCAGGCCCGCAACUUCAAGACGACGUACGAGACCCCCGACGGGGGCGAGUACACUGGCCUGAACCCUCCCGCCGGUUCCAAGAUGAAGGGUGUCCUCUACCCAAGAGCCGGCACCCUUGGUGGAUGCACGGCGCACAACGCCAUGGUCACCAUCUAUCCGUUCCGCUCCGACUUUGACGACAUAGCAAACCUCACUGGCGACAACUCCUGGUCUGCCACCAACAUGCGAAAAUACUUUACCAAGAUGGAGGACAACCGCUACCUUCUCCCGGGCAAGGCGGGUCACGGGUACUCAGGGUGGCUGACCACUCAAACCGCUCCUCUGACCAUCGCCCUGGGCGACCUGCAGCUUCUUGGAUUCUUUGUGGGCGCUGCCGCUGCGCUCACAAACUGGUCGACCAAUCUGGUCUUCAACCUCGCCACGCUGUUCGCCGGGGACGCAAACGAGGACUCGGCCCUGCGCGACAGCAGACCUGGCAACUUCCAAGUCCCACUGGCGACGCGUGAUGGUGCCCGUGUCAGCUCCCGCGACUUCAUCGUCGCGGUCCGUGAUGCCAAGAAUCCGGACGGGAGCAAGAUGUACCCGCUCGACGUCCGCACCGACGCCCUCGUCACAAAGGUCUUGUUCGACGACAGUACUCCUCCAAGGGCCACUGGUGUCGAGUUCCGCGACGGCAAGUAUCUCUACCGCGCCAGCCCGAGAUCCAAAAAGGCCGGGCCCGGCGUGCGCGGCACGGCAACGGCUUCGAGAGAAGUCAUACUCGCAGCUGGCGCCUACAACUCGCCGCAGCUCCUCAAACUGAGCGGCGUCGGCCCCGCCGCCGAGCUGGAGCGCCUGUCCAUACCCGUCGUAAAGGACCUCCCGGGCGUUGGCGCCAACCUCCAGGACCACUACGAGGUCUCAGUGCAAGGAACAACCCCUUCGAACUUUCCCUCCCUCAACGGCUGCACGUUCUCGCCCGAGACUACCCAAGACCCCUGCCUGACACGCUGGCAAAACCCGAUACUGGGCAACCGGGGCAUCUACUCAUCGUCCGGUUUCGCCAGCGCCAUAUACUACAAGAGCAAAGAAGCUAAGGGUAGCGACUGGGACGUAUUUUCGUUUGGCGGGCCCGCCAACUUCCGCGGCUACUUCCCGGGCUACUCGGUCAACGGUUCAGCGCGCCACAACGUCUUCAGCUGGGCCGUGCUCAAGGCGCAUCCGCGCAACUCGGCCGGGAGCGUCACUCUCCGGACGGCCGACCCGCUCGACGUGCCCGACAUUGUGUACAACUACUUCAAGGAUGCCGGCUCCGACAAGGACCUGCGCGCCAUGACGGAGGGCGUAAAGCUCUUCCGCAACGCCCUGAAGCUGCAGCUGCUUGGACAGCCGCUCCGCGAGGAGCUGCCGGGUGAUGCCGUGCAGACCGACGAGCAAAUCGCAAACUACAUUCGCGACACGGCCUGGGGCCACCACGCCUCGAGCACAUGUGCGAUUGGGACCGACGACGAUCCCAUGGCGGUGCUGGACUCGAGCUUCAGGGUCAGGGGAGUGACGGGCUUAAGAGUCGCCGAUGCUUCUGUCUAUCCCAGGAUACCCGGGACUUUUACGGCAGUUUCAACGUACAUGAUUGGGGAGAAGGCAGCCGAUGUUAUAAUUUCUCAGGAAAGUGCCUACACGAGGUAG